AUGGGGCGCCAUUCUUGCACUGAAAAAGAGAAGCUAAGAAAAGGGUUAUGGUCACCUGAUGAAGAUGAAAAAUUGAACAAUUUUAUCACAAGAUUUGGAGUUGGCUGCUGGAGUUCUGUGCCCAAAUUAGCAGGUUUACAGAGGUGUGGAAAGAGUUGCAGAUUAAGAUGGAUUAAUUAUUUGAGGCCUGAUCUUAAGAGAGGAAUGUUUUCACAAGAAGAGGAGGAUUUGAUCAUUAGUCUCCAUGAAGCACUUGGCAACAGGUGGGCUCAAAUUGCAGCACGAUUACCUGGAAGAACAGACAAUGAAAUAAAGAACUUUUGGAAUUCAUGUUUGAAGAAGAAGCUGAUAAAGCAAGGCAUUGAUCCAAAGACUCAUAAACUGGUACCCGAAACCGGAGAUCAGAUUCUACAGCCAAAAGGGCUUCCAUAUUUGGCAACCUCAGAUGAAAUUGGACAAGAAUUUCGUGUAAACAACAUAAUUUGUGGAGAAAAAGAAUAUGAUCCUCCGUUCUUGUCUGAAUAUCAAGAUAGUUUUGAUCCUAAUGGACACCAUUCAAAUUUUGUGACUGAUUAUGAUGAUCAGAAUAAUCAGAUUGAGGGAAAUCCUGAUUCGAAUUCGAAUUAUGGCUUCAACUCUCUGCCGGAUUCAGCAAAUAUCGAUCCAGGGAUUUUUGUGGAUACAGAUUUUUCUGAUGGUUCAACUUCAAGAAUAUGUUCAUAUUUGCGUUCAAGUAACAGUUCAAAUGUGAACGGCCAUACCGGGAUUCAGACAAACAAUAUGAUGCCAAAUUCUGAACAAUAUUUGUGGGAUUUCGACACGAAAUUCAAAUCAAGGUUUCAAUUUCAGAUAAAAAAUGAAGAGAAUUCAAGUUCUUGGCAAGAAGGCCCCAGCAGCUAUAUAUAA